AUGAGGACUCCUGGUCAUGCUAAGAAGGUGAAAAAUGUGACAAAUGAUGUAAUUGACGGCAAGCGGGGCAUGAUCUACAUUCCAGACCAGAAGAUUUCAAAAUUGACCUUAACAAAAGACAUAAAGGGUCUGAAGCAGGAGCGCCAUGAUGCCAAGAAAAACAAGGGGCACUCUAAGAAGCAAAAGGUCAACCCUGAAUCGAGUUACUGUAUGUCUGCAUUGUGGUUUUGA